GAACUGCGCCAUCAUCUACUGCAACGAUGGCUUCUGCGACCUCUGUGGCUACACGCGGGCGGAGGUCAUGCAGAAGCCGUGCACCUGCGACUUCCUGUACGGGCCGCGCACCCAGAAGAGCUCCGUGGCACAGAUCGCGCAGGCCCUGCUGGGCUCCGAGGAGCGCAAGGUGGAGAUCUGCUUCUACCGGAAAGAUGGCAGCUGCUUUCUGUGCCUGGUGGAUGUGGUGCCCGUGAAGAACGAGGAUGGGGCCGUCAUCAUGUUCAUCCUCAACUUCGAGGUGGUGAUGGAACGGGACCUGCUGACCAGCCCGGUCAAGAACACCAACCACUGGGUCUCCCCGGCAGCCUGGCUCCCCACAGGCCGGGGCAAGUCGUUCCGCCUGAAGCUGCCGGCUCUGCUGGCCUUGGCGGGGAGCAAGCAGUCCCUGCCGCAGGAUGACCCGGACGAGGCCGUGGUGGUGGACUUCUCCAAGCACAGCAGCGAUUCGGUGGCGCUGGACGAGGCCCCCUCCUCCCUGGACAACCACUGCCUGGGCUACGGGGAGCCCGAGGACCGCCAGGCCUUGAUGGAGCGCGAGGGGGGCAGGGAGCCGGAGCCCCCCGUCACCCACUCCUCGCCCCGGGCGGACAAGGCCCGCCUCAACCUGGACGCCUCCUUCUCCAACUGCAGCCUGGCCCGCAGCCGCUCCCGCGAGAGCUUCUACAGCAUGCGCCGGGCCUCCUCCGUGGACGACAUCGAGGCCAUGAAGGGCGACGGGGACAAGGGGCGGGGACACAGCCGCCACGCCAGCACAGGUAUCCCGGGGCGUGGGGGCCACCUGCGGAACUCCUCCUCCGACUCGGACCUGGUGCGGUACCGGGCCAUCAGCCGGAUCCCCCAGAUCACCCUCAACUUUGUGGACUUCAAGGCGGAGGCCUUCCUCACCGCCCAGUCCAGCGAGAAGGAGAUCAUCGCCCCCAGCAAGAUCAAGGACCGCACCCACCACGUCACGGAAAAGGUCACCCAGGUCCUGUCCCUGGGUGCCGACGUCCUCCCGGAAUACAAGCUCCAGGCCCCGCGCAUCCACAGAUGGACGAUUCUCCACUACAGCCCCUUCAAGGCGGUCUGGGAUUGGCUGAUCCUGCUGCUGGUGAUCUACACGGCCAUCUUCACCCCCUACUCGGCCGCCUUCCUGCUCAACGACGGCGAGGUCCAGCAGCGGAUCUGCAGCUACUACUGCAGCCCCCUCAACGUGGUGGACCUCAUCGUGGACAUCAUGUUCAUCAUCGACAUCCUGAUCAACUUCCGGACCACCUACGUCAACUCCAACGAGGAGGUGGUCAGCCACCCGGCCAAGAUCGCCAUCCACUACUUCAAGGGCUGGUUCCUGAUCGACAUGGUCGCCGCCAUCCCCUUUGACCUGCUGAUUUUUGGCUCGGGGUCGGAGGAGUGCACCUUCGCCCUGAUCGCCCACUGGCUGGCCUGCAUCUGGUACGCCAUCGGGAACGUGGAGGGGGAGACCAUCGGCUGGCUCCACUCCCUGGGCAGCCAGAUCGGCAAGCCCUUCAACAACACCCACGCCAAAGACGGGCCCUCCAUCAAGGACAAGUACGUCACCGCCCUCUACUUCACCUUCAGCAGCCUCACCAGCGUCGGCUUCGGCAACGUCUCUCCCAACACCAACCCCGAGAAGAUCUUCUCCAUCUGCGUCAUGCUCAUUGGCUCGCUGAUGUACGCCAGCAUCUUUGGGAACGUCUCGGCCAUCAUCCAGCGGCUCUACUCGGGGACGGCCCGCUACCACACCCAGAUGUUGCGUGUGCGAGAGUUCAUCCGCUUCCACCAGAUCCCCAACCCUCUGCGGCAGCGCCUGGAGGAGUAUUUCCAGCACGCCUGGUCCUACACCAACGGCAUCGACAUGAACGCUGUGCUGAAGGGCUUCCCUGAGUGCCUGCAGGCCGACAUCUGCCUCCACCUCAACCGGACCCUGCUGCAGAACUGCAAGCCCUUCAAGGGCGCCACCAAGGGCUGCCUGCGGGCCCUGGCCAUGAAGUUCAAGACCACCCACGCUCCCCCCGGGGACACCCUGGUGCAUGCCGGCGACGUCCUCACGGCCCUCUACUUCAUCUCCCGCGGCUCCAUCGAGAUCCUGCGGGGCGACGUGGUGGUGGCCAUCCUGGGGAAAAACGACAUCUUUGGGGAGCCGCUGAACUUGUACGCGCGCCCGGGCAAGUCCAACGCAGACGUGCGAGCGCUGACCUACUGCGAUCUGCACAAGAUCCACCGGGAGGACCUGCUGGAGGUCCUGGACAUGUACCCAGAGUUCUCCGACCACUUCUGGUCCAACCUGGAGAUCACCUUCAACCUGCGAGAUACGAACAUGAUCCCGGGCUCCCCGGGCAGCGAGGAGACCAACGGAGGCUUCAGCCGGCUGCGCCGACGCAAACUCUCCUUCCGCCGACGCACUGAGAAAGACGAAGUGAGUGCCGGAGAGCUGAAAGGCCAGCAGAAGGCUCUGCCCGUGGGCCAGAACUGCCAAGGCACCGCCCGUGGCCUGCCCAGAUGGGACCCCUGCCUCAGCAGCUCGCUGGCAUCCAGCCCCCCGUCCAGCGACGAGGAGGAGACCCGCCUCCCCGCCUCCCAGGCCACGGAGCUGUCGCCUUUCCACCCCGCCGGGGGGCCCCCUUCCCCCGCACCUACGGAGCUGAGGGACAGUGACGCGUGCAACCCGCUCUCAGGGGCCUUCUCUGGCGUGUCCAACAUCUUCAGCUUCUGGGGCGAGAGCCGAGAGCGCCAGUACCAGGAGCUACCCCGCUGCCCUGCUCCCGCCCACACGACCCUCAACAUCCCCUUGGUCAGCAGCGCCGGGGGGCGGCGCCAUCGCUGUGAGCUGGAGAGCCGCCUGGACCAGUUGCAGAAGCAGCUCAACAGGUUGGAAGCGCGCCUGACGGCAGACAUGGGAGCCGUCAUGCAGCUGCUGCAGCGGCAAGCUGUCCUGGUGCCGCCAGCAUACAGCACUGUCUCGUCUCCGCUGCCGCCCCCCGGCCUAGAUCCUGUCCCGGGAGAGUGCCCCCUGCCUGCCGCCCCCCUUCCAACCCAGGCACUCCGCCCCCCUGCUCAGGUGCCCGGCUUCCCUGCGCCGUCGGUGCAUCCCGCCCAUCCCAGCGACGUGGUGCUGCUGGUCGAGCCAUCUCUGGGGCCGCCUCGCCGCCUUUCGCUCCCUGGACAGCUGGCCCCGGCCUCCCCGGACUCUUCCACAGACUUGCAGAGACACAGCUCGGACCCCGGCAGUUAA